AUGGAUGAGCAGGUGUUCAAAGGCGAUCCGGACUGCCCUCAUUCCAUCUCGUUCUCGGGCAGUGGAUUCCUCUCCUACUACCAGGCCGGGGCCGUGGACGCCCUGCGAGACCUGGCCCCCCGCAUGCUGGACACCACCUAUCGCUUCGCAGGGACUUCCGCAGGAGCGGUGAUCGCAGCGCUGGUCAUCUGCGGGAUAGAAAUGGGGCCUGCGCCAUCUCCAGCCGCAUUUUCUCCCCAGGCCCUGUACUGCAGCUGCUUUGUUCCCGUCUACUGUGGCCUCAUACCUCCUACCUACCGCGGUGUGAGGUACAUUGACGGCGGCUUCACGAGCAUGCAGCCCUGCUCCUUCUGGACGGACUCCAUCACCAUCUCCACCUUCAGCGGGCAGCAGGACAUCUGUCCCCGGGACUGCCCCGCCAUCUUCCACGACUUCCGCCUGUGCAAUUUCUCCUUCCAGUUCUCCCUGGAGAACAUCACACGGAUGACUCACGCCCUGUUUCCCCCGGAUCUGGUGAUACUGCAGGAGUACUACUACCGGGGCUAUGAUGACACCGUUCUGUACCUGAGGAGGCUCAAUGCUGCUUACCUUAACUCUCCCUCGAAGAGAGUGAUUUUCCCCCGGGUGGAGGUGUACUGCCAGAUAGAACUUGCACUUGGCAACGAGUGUCCUGAACGCCAAGCACAGCGGGCCAGCCUGGAAGGAUGCUCCGAGCUUCACUCACAGGACACGCCCCAAGGGGAUGGCAACGCUGGCCAUCCACCUGAGGAGACACCCAAGUCCACGCGUGAGCGGCCCGUGGAAUCACCGGCCUCGUCCCCUGUCUCUUCCUCCAAGCAACCAGCCAGGUCACCUGUGGCCGCCUGUGGGACGCGUGCUCCCAGUGACUUGCCCCCCCAGGCACCCGCCUCGCCCCCAGCACUGCACUUACCUCCCGGCUCCGCUCCUGAGCCGCCCCCUGCGUCACCUCCACAGCAGAUACAGCCGCCUGGACUUCCACACCAAUCCCCACCCUCCCAGGUGUCCCCAUCAGACAGGCUGUCACUGGGGCCCUCAGUGGUGAGGUCACCUCAAACGACACCCCAAGAUUCUCCUUCAGCAUCACCAAACCAACCAGGUGUGGAGAAGGUGGGCCCAGAACAGCCCCAAGCACCCCGAGCGUCUUCACAUUCAAAAAGUGCUACCCCUGCUCCCGUCCCGGGGAAGGAAGCCAGCCACGAAAUUCACGAAAGUCACGCCAGGGUGAGCGCUGCUGCCGAUGCCAACUGGGUGAGCAAGGUAUUCCAGAAGAACAAACAGAAGACCAGUGGCACCAGGAAAUGCAUCCCCCGGCAUCCUCGGUUCCCCAAAACAGGAAGCAAAGCACAGUCAGCUCCCCGGCCGUGUGACUGCCCCCUGCUGGCCACUUCCGAGACGGUAUGGGUCACCUACAGGCCUCAUCCCCGCCGGAUCCAGGAACACCGCCGCCCGGAGGUGGAGGCCUCAGGUGCCCCCUGA